GUGACAACUUCAUCAGCUUAAUUAGAUGGAAAUGAAUGGUGAAACAUCAGCAAAUUCAAACCCAGAUGAAGAAUUCUUAAGGGCUAUGCAUCUAGCCAGUGAUUCAAUUCUCCCAAUGACCUUAAGGGCCGCAAUAGAGCUCGAUUUGUUCGAAAUAAUGGCCAAAUCCGGCCAAGAUGCCUACCUCUCCGCCGCCCAGAUAUGUUCUCAUCUUCCCACCAAGAACAACCCUCAAGCCCCAUACAUGCUUGAAAGGAUGUUACAGUUUCUUGCCAGCUCCGACAUCCUCAGGUGCUCAGACGAAACCGAAACCAAAAGACUGUACGCUUUAUCGCCCAUAUGCAAAUACUUCGUUCGUAAUCGAGAUGGGUUUUCUUUGGCUCCUAUUUUGGUCAUGAUUCAGGACCAAGUCAUCAUCAAUUCUUGGUACCACUUGAAGGAUGCGAUCCUCAAUGGCGGAAAUCCAGUUGAAAAGGCGCAUGGAAUGGGUUUAUUUGAUUACUUGGCUAAAGACGACAGAUUCAGUGAGGUUUUUCAUCAAGCCAUGUGCAAUCUUGCCUCCUUUACUAUGCAGAGAUUCCUUCAAGUGUACAAGGGUUUUGAUUCUCUACAUCAAGUUGUAGUUGUUGAUGUUGGUGGUGGAUCUGGAGCAACUUUAGCUUCUGUCGUUUCUAAAUAUCCUACCAUUAAAGCCAUCAAUUUUGACCUCCCUCAGGUUCUUAGUGACGCUCCAUCUUGGCCAGGGGUUGAACAUGUUGGAGGAGACAUGUUUGAAAAUGUUCCAAAAGGGGAUGUCAUCUUCAUGAAGUACAUUCUUCAUGAUUGGAGCGACGAUCGGUGCUUGAAACUGUUGAAAAACUGCUGGAGUGCGCUUCCGGAGACUGGAAAAGUCAUAAUGGUCGAGUCCAUACUUCCAGAGACGCCAAGAAACGAAAUUGUUUCCCAGGGAAUAUUGCGGAUGGAUGUGAGCAUGAUGGUGUUGAACCAUCCAGGAGGGAAGGAAAGGACGGAAAAAGAAUAUGAAAGGCUAGCGACGGGAGCUGGAUUUGCAGAUUCUAGAGUUGUUUGCAAUUUUCAUAACCUAGGGGUGAUGGAGUUCUAUAAGUUGUAGUAACAACACUCUUUUUCAAGAAUAUACAUUUGAAAGAGUAUUAAUUUGAUAAUAUAAAAUCCACCAUAACUAACUUUUUAAACCAUUUUCUUGAUCUA